UCGCACACGAGGUGCUCGUGUCCUGCUUUCAGCGUCUGCAGUGAAGAUGUCCCACUCAUCCCCAGCAGCCAAGCCCUCCAAUUCCAAGAACCCGCGAGUCUUCUUUGACGUGGACAUCGGCGGGGAGCGAGUUGGACGAAUUGUUUUAGAAUUGUUUGCAGACAUUGUUCCCAAAACUGCAGAAAAUUUUCGUGCAUUGUGUACGGGAGAAAAAGGAACUGGAGCCACAACUGGGAAACCUCUCCAUUUUAAAGGAUGCCCUUUCCACCGAAUUAUUAAGAAAUUUAUGAUUCAGGGUGGAGACUUCUCAAAUCAGAAUGGGACAGGUGGAGAAAGUAUUUAUGGUGAAAAAUUUGAAGAUGAAAAUUUUCAUUAUAAGCAUGAUCGAGAGGGUUUGCUGAGCAUGGCCAAUGGCGGCCCCAAUACGAAUGGUUCUCAGUUCUUUAUCACAACAGUUCCAACUCCUCAUUUGGAUGGGAAACAUGUGGUAUUUGGUCAAGUAAUAAAAGGACUCGGUGUGGCAAGGAUGCUUGAAAAUGUAGAGGUGAAUGGUGAAAAACCUGCCAAACUCUGUGUCAUUGCAGAAUGUGGAGAAUUGAAAGAAGGGGAUGACUGGGGAAUAUUCCCCAAAGAUGGCUCUGGUGAUAGUCAUCCAGAUUUCCCCGAGGAUGCAGAUAUAGACUUAAAAGAUGUAGAUAAAAUUUUAUUAAUAUCUGAAGACUUAAAAAACAUUGGAAAUACUUUUUUCAAGUCUCAGAACUGGGAGAUGGCUAUUAAAAAAUAUGCGAAAGUUUUAAGGUAUGUGGACAGUUCAAAGGCUGUUAUUGAGAAAGCAGAUACACCCAGACUGCAACCUAUAGCCUUAAGUUGUGUGCUGAAUAUUGGUGCUUGUAAAUUGAAGAUGUCAAAUUGGCAGGGGGCAAUUGACAGUUGCUUGGAGGCUCUUGAAAUGGACCCUUCGAAUACUAAAGCGCUAUACCGAAAAGCGCAAGGAUGGCAAGGAUUAAAAGAAUAUGAUCAAGCAUUGGCUGAUCUUAAGAAGGCACAGGAGAUGGCCCCAGGAGAUAAAGCUAUCCAGGCAGAAUUGCUUAAAGUCAAACAAAUGAUAAAGGCACAGAAAGAUAACGAGAAGGCUGUGUAUGCAAAAAUGUUUGCUUAAUAAGAAUUAAACUCUCCUUAACUAUUAAACAUUGAUUAUAAAAAGGACAAUGUAUAUUACUGUCUACAUGAUCCCUGAUGUGUUUCCCUCGAUCUUUGUCGUUGUUUAUAUGGCAGUGCUGACAUAGGUUCCUUCUUAAUAAAGUGUUGCAAA